GCAGAAAGCGAAACUGAGACAAAGCAGCAUCUGACCUUGUCACUGGGGGGCAGAAAACAGCCACUGGCUGCCGCUGGUUUUACUGGUGCUUCAAUCAAGCUCCCUGUGCAAUGUGGAAUUGCAGAUAGCUCAGAAAGUGCAAGUUCUUUCCAGGUCCCUGGGGUGAAUAAAAAUUGUUAACUCUUGGCUUGAUUUGUCAUCCUUUGGGGGAAAAAAAGAAGUAAUGUCAGACUGGCAAUUAAAUAGCUGUGCUGUUAGACCGAGUGCAACUUGAAGUGGAUUGUCCCAGAGGUGAGAGUGACUCUGGCCAGCAAAGCCAAGGAGAAGCCUGUUCAACUUCACGUCUACCCGGGAUUCCUUGGAGAGGUGAUAAAGUCAGUAAUAAGACAAAGUGGGAGUUACAAAGCGGAUGCGAUAGCUUCAGCAGAACUUUUCUUCACUGCCACACCCGCUUGUUAAAAAGCAACUAAUGUUAUUUUGAAAACAAUUUGAGGAAAAAAUGCACUUUGAGCAUCUCUGCAGUUCUGGUGUCUGAUGCAUUAAUCAAGAAAAUCAGUAAUAUAACACAAACGAAGGAGAGGAGUGAAUAUGGUGAAGGCAGCUAAGGAAAUUCAAAUGGAGAACCCAAGAGAGGUAGAGACUCACAGCACGGGGGCUACGUGCUCCCCAUCGGAGGAACAGGCAGAAAAACCCUCCAUGCUCUGUUUUAAGAAGCGGAAGAAGUCCUGUAAGAAGGGGCUGACUGUGAAGGAUGCGUGCGAAGGAGCCUCGGAGGAGAAAAGCCAAUGCGUCAGCGCUGACCUAGGGGAGGCAAAAGUUUCUAAUCAAUUGCGAUCCUCCAAAGGAGCCUGGGCAGCCAUCAGAAACCUCGCAAGACCUCGGAGAAGGCAGAAAUCCUCCUCACGGAAGAAGGUGCCCUCCAAUUCCCAAGUGCAGCUGGAGAUGGAUGCUGAGGAGGGCUGUACACAAGGCUUCCCGAAGAAACGGGCGCGCUCUGGGGUGAAGAUGCCCUGUGUACGGUUCUCCAGAGGCAAGAAAAAACCCAGCCCCUCUGAAGCAGUAGAGGAGUCGGAGGGCAGUGUUCAAGCAAACGAAGUGACGGGCAUUUUGAAUAAAGCUAGUGAAGAGCCAGAGGAUUUGGCCCUGAUGGACAAGUCUGAAUCCUUCAGCCCAGUCUCUGCGGAGGAGGACCAGGAUACGGUGAAGGAAAGUGCCAGCUCUGUUGGGAAGAGUGAGCCCUUGACAGAGCCCACACCUGAUGCAGAGGAACAUACGGAGUGCACUGCUCAGUCAGAGAUAACCGAUUCAGAGACAGUUAAUGAAACAGCCCAGGAAAAACUGCAGGAGGGGAGCCUACCCCAAACCACAGUCCACGCGGAAGGCGGGGAAGUUGCUCCUGAAGCGCCCGUUUCCAAGGAUCAACCCGACAGUGCCCCUGAAACCACCGAGCUGCAGGAAAUCCCUAAUAUCUGCAAAGAGCUGCCUGAAGGGGAUGAAUCAGAAAAGAGCGUAAAUCUUCCUGAGGAGUGCAAAGCCGAAGAGACUAUAAUGGAUUUCAGUCAGUCGGCGUUUAAAGAUGAUGCAGUGAGCGUGCAGGGCUGCUCCAGCCAUCAGGUGACAUUAGAAGCAAACACGGGCGCCGGCGUCGGCAUCGUCAUCACUGUCACCGAAGCGGAGGACUCUGACAACACCGACUCUGACCAGGCCUACGAGCCGUCCCCGGUUUUGCACCGAAAUAAGCAAAAAGGGAAUAAAAAAUCAAGUGGGAGCUUUGAUUUUGGUAAAAAAGAGGGCCCCGAGGCUGGUGGCGGUCCCCAGGCAGAGGAGAAAGGUCCAGGUGACCAGGGGCACAGAACUGGGGAGCAGUAUGAAUUGCUCCUCAUAGAAACCGCGUCUUCCCUCGUGAAGGCGGCCAUUCAGUCGUCCAUAGAGCAGCUGGUCAACGAAAUGGCCCUGGAACAGAAUAAACACAACAGUUUUCUGUGAUGGCAGCAAUGCCCCCAAAAUACAGAGUACAGGGAGUGAUUUAAAGCUCCAUUUGGCCUGGGGGGUGUGCGGAGAGCUCGAAGGGCUCCCGGGGCCGAGGUGUAGUUAAUUCUGCAUGCCCGUUCAGUUGUGUGUCUAUGUGAAAUGGAACCUGGGACAUGGGGCAGACCCUGCUACGUACAGUGUGUCCCCUGGGGCUGGGGCUUCAGACAGUGCCAUCAACAGCAGGUGCGGAAAAGUGAAGGUGUUGCAGCGACUGUAUUUUCAUUUAUUGGCAUCUUUAUGUCAAGGCCACGUUUCUGCCGUCAUCCAUGCCAGGUUUCCCUGCUGUUCAUGCUGUAGAUCUGUAUGUACCGUGUGUUUAGCAAAAGGUCCCGAGAGGCGGUGAGCGCCCGACCCGCUGCUGGGCUGGAUUCGGAGCACGUCGGACACGGCUGGAGCUUUGCCCUGGGGUUCAGCGGAGAUGAGGGAGGGUGAAGUGACUGCAAUGUUAACACGAAGACGUCAAUGCCAAACAGGCUUAGGCUGGUGUUUAGUAUUGCAAACAGGUACUUGCUACGUACAGAUGCCAGAAACCGUGGUCACCCCUGCUGUCGCGUCGCAUGAAGCCGGAUGGUUGCAGCGAGCGGUGUUUUUCAUUCGGCCUCUUCCCCUGUCACAAGCAGCCUGUGCAUUUCCAGACACGUUAAAGUGCAGCAUCCGCUGCUCGCCUUGCUGACCCCAGGCUGCCUGAAUGCCAAGAAAAUGACAGCGCUUCGUUUGCCGGGGGUGGCGUUCUCGCACCAUUAAGCUCAACCGGCACAAUUCCCAGUGGCAUCAGCGGCGCGGGCUGGGCGGGAGCGUGCCUGCUGCGGGCAGCCCCUCUCCUUCCUUCGCCGUCCUCCGUCCCAAUCACAAUGUCAUGGUGAAGCUGUCCUUGGAUGUAGCAUAUUUUUUAUGUAUGGCGUGUGAUAUAAAUAGCAGUGAGCUGCAUGCGUGUUAGCAGUCAACUAUUGCCUCGGUGUUGACAUAGUUUGGGUAGCUGCGAUGCGCUGCCGGCGCUGGAAUUACUUUGAUUUGGUCUGAGCGCUGCUGGCGUCCCUGGGUGCUGGCGGCAGCCUGUCCCACACAGCUCCCCCCUCGCUGCGAAGCCUGCCUGACUUCAGCUAGCCCAGGCAUCCCUUGGGAAAUGUGCAUUAUGCCCGGCUCACUGCUGCCGGGCUCUGGCUGGCUCCGGCACGCCAUGCAGCUUGCUCUGAAACAUGCAGGGAAAUGCCGGAGCGAUCAUACCAAAAUCCUCAGGGAAAAAAUCUAGACGUGAGGGCCUGGGGACAUGGCCGUAAAGUGCCCGGACAGGCCGAUCGCUGUCAAAACCCACGAACUGCCCUGCUCUGAGGGGGUUUGCACCAGCGUAAUGUCUGUGUGUAAGCAUCGCCUCUAACUACCAGCUCUCCAAGAGAAAGAGGCCUUUUAAUAAUUUGGGACUGCAUCUGCGCGGCUGGGAUUUACGUACAGCUGCGGGCAAGUCAGCCUGUUCUUCUGAGAAAAUUCUCCUGCGUAUUUCUCAGCCGAUACAGAAAUAGCAGCCUAGCUUGGCAAUUGCUCACUGACCAUAGGCAGUGCGCUGAGAUUUCCCUUCCCAGCGUAGGAUUUGGAUUCCUGUUAAAAUACAAGGGCUGUAAACUUUCCUAGUACCUGGUGUGCAACCACAUUUUAAACUUCGAUAAAGCAUCUCUGUUGUUACGAGAGGACUGUGGGCAGUGAGUGCCACAGCUUGUUUCUGUGCAGGUAAAACUUCAGAAAAAUCAGAGGAUGUUAAAAAAAAAGUGUCUUCUUUUUCUGUGAAUUUAUUUAAUAAGUUAUCAGAUAUCGAUAAUUCAGUGUGUACAGUUUUAAUGGCUUUGUACUUCAUACUGGUCCUUCCAGGUAUUUUGCCAUAGUUUUGAAAGGGACUUUUUAAGGACCUUUAUAUGUACCUUUGGAGCUGCUGCAGCACCCCGAGAAGAGCCAUACUGAUGCUGGAGGUUGCUUAUGGGAUUACACCGGGCACCGCGGCAGGUCGGUGCCAAGCAAAGGGCCGCAGCACUUCUGUGGGGCCCCGCUGGUGUCGGCUGCGGAGGAGGAUGUCCGGAUGUUUAGUAAAGAAACACAAAAUGACCCCGUGGGGCCAGGCUGUCAUCUUCUGUCACCCCACUAAGCACUUCCGGGAGGAAUUCAUGUUUUUCAGUUUUGCCUUUUAGGCGAAACACGUCUUCAAAGGAGGAGGAGAAUGGCAGAAAUGCUUUGGUCCAGCCCGGCCCCUGCGACUGUUGCUCCGCAUCCAGGGUUGUGUUUGCAUCCUUUCUGUAGCUGGUUUUUCCCUCUGUUAUAGCUGUAUGUGUAACUGACGAUUAUUUCAUUAAAGUUGAAUGUACCUGUU